AAGAUUAUACAAAGUAUGGCUCUCUUUAAGUCUCUACAGCUCCUGAAAAAUUUUUCUCCAGACGUGUUACUAUACAGGAAGUUUGCAACACGAAUCGUCGAUUUUACAAGUUCAUCUGUUCAUUUAAGAUACAAAGGUAAAAUAAAGGAGGUUAAUAAUAUUUGGCUUAGAGAUAAUUGCCACUGUCCCAAAUGUUUCAACAAUAACACGAAACAAAAAAUUAUUAUACCUCCCAUCAUUCCGUCCAAGAUACGAGCAAUUCAAGCGGAUAUAAACGGUACACAACUAAAUAUUACUUGGGGAGAUGGACAUAAGUCUUCCUACGAUACGGAUACUUUAUUCAAGAAGACCUAUCCUAAAACAUUACCAGAAAAGCAACUGUGGGAUGACUCAUCAAUGUCCAAAGAUAAAUUGGGCAGUAGCACCUAUGAUCAAAUUAUAUCUGGUGACGUAACUAAUUUAAUGAAUUCCUUAUCAAUCCAUGGAUUAGGAAUAGUGGAAAAUGUACCCACAACUCCUGAAGAUACUGAAAAACUUUGCGAGUCAAUUGUUCCUAUUCAGAAUACAAUUUUUGGUGGCUUUUGGACCUUUACGUCAGACCAACAUAGGGCUGAUACAGCUUAUACAAGUCUGAAGUUGGGAGUUCAUACCGACACUAGUUAUUAUGUUAACCCGAUGGGCAUUCAAAUUUUUCAUUGCCUCCAUCACGAAGGAGAGGGUGGUGAGACACUCUUAGCAGAUGGAUUUAGAGCUGCUGAAGAGCUGCGUAAGCAGAAUCCGGACUAUUUUGAUAUUCUUCUCAAGUAUAGAGUACCGCACGUCUAUACCGGCGAUCAUGGCAAUGAAUUAUACGCUGAACAUUCCAUCCUGUCAACAGACUGCUACGGCCAACUAGAAGGUGUAAGAUACAACCACUACGAUCGAUCUACAAUUCUCAAUAUACCGGACAAAGAUAUUGGAACAUGGUACAAGGCAUUGAAGUGUCUAUCAAAGAUAAUGGAAGACGAAAGUUCAAUUUUUGAAAUAAAAUUACGUCCAGGAACUACCAUAUUGAUAGACAACUGGAGAGUUUUACACGGUAGAAACUCUUUCACUGGAAAAAGAAUAAUGUCAGGUUGUUACUAUCUAAGGGACGAUUGGAUCAAUUUGGCUAAAAGAAUCGCGUCUACGUGACAGAAUACCUAGCUUUCAGAUUAAAUCUAUCAAAAAAUAACCUCCAAAACAGAGAUAAUGAAAGAAUAUUACUGAUUGCCUUUGAAGUAUUUGAGUAAUUAUUGCUUAUAGCCCGACAGAACACUUUCAUAUUGAGAAGAAUAUAGUUUUUUUUUUUUUAGAAUUUUUGACGUUAUCUUUUUGUGUGACUUUACUUGAUAUUUUCUAUUUUACGAAUAAAAUUGAUAAAAUUAU